AUGUCGCGAAACGACGCACAGGACUCCAGGACGCCUCAUCAGCAUUUGACUUCCACAAUCGCUCGAAGAGACCCGUUGUCGUUGCCUAUCCCUCGGCACGCGAAUACAAGGGCCCCGUCUUCGACUAAUAUCUCGUCUGUUGCACCUUUAAUGACUUCUGCUCAGCGUCAGAAUACCGUUAGUAUUCAAAGCGCCUCGUCAUCCUUGCCUAUACCUCGGCACGCGAAUACGAGGGCCCCGUCCUUAACUAACAUCUCGUCUGUUGCACCUUCAAUGAUUUCUGCUCAGCGUCAGAAUACCGUUAGUAUUCAAAGCGCCUCGUCAUCACUGUCCAUCCCUUGGCAUGCGAAUACAAGGGCCAGCGCCCCAAUACCUACUACACCUCCGUGGGCUGCACCUUGGAUAUCGUCGUCAAAGGACCGAAACUACUUCUAUUUGAAGGAGGUAGAUUCGAUACUUUUUUCGGCCACUCAGUCGGUGUGCCCGUUCCCCUCGCAAGUCAAAGCGGAUUUCAGACAUGAAGAUCCCGACCCCGACGAUCUAUUCCAAUUGCGAUUCCAACUCUCCCGCUACAUACAAAUUGCGGCUACCCCGGACGACUCAGAGUUGCAGUACACAGGGCCGCUCUUCCAGCGCCUCGCUGCCAUCCGGAUAGUCACCGUAGGGACUACCUACUCUCUGUCUGCCGAACAACAAACCAGUUGGAAAUGGCUCGAAAAUACACUUCAUCAUGCCGCAUCCAUCCUCAGCAUCGACUCUCUACUCCCCAUGGAUUUCUCCAUGUUACCUCUUCCCUCAUCUUACGGCUACCUUCGUUACCACAAGAAACACUCCCAUGCUCUUCGCUGUGCACAGAAAUCCAGGCUGGCCUUUCAUAGUCUGAUAGGGCUUGUCAACUUAUUUUACGGACGUGCACUAGUGAGAUUCGAAAAUUCCAGCUCCUCUGAUCCUCGACGCCCACUCCCCCCCCCUGAAGUUCUCGUCCAAUCUGGGCUGAGUAACAGUCACGUAUGCGACAUCAUCGAUGCGCUAAAACCGGAGAUGCUCGGGAGAUGCGUCGGUGUUGUCCUUGACCCUCGAUCCUCUGAGUUCGGCAUUCUUUAUCCAUAUCUCAAUCGCAUUCGAGUCCCCGUCUGGGUUCAGAUAGGAUCGGCGAAAGGCAUAUUCAACACGAAGUCCUUGAAUCAUCCUUUAUUUCAAAUCGCCAUCCCUACACGAGAGGAAGAGCUUCGUGUCCGUGCCAUGGUUAACCAAGCCAUGGCGGAUGACGUCAAACCAAGCCCAUCUAACCCCGACCCAGACAGUCUUCACCGAUGGGACGCACUCGUCGAAGAUCGAAAAGCCAAGCUCGAAGAGUUCUUGUCCAGAGCCUCCAAUGCCAUAAAGGAACGGGUGAAGAAAAGGCUGCAAGACGCUGCGAGUUUCAUCAUACCCACCCAGCGAGAUGGGACGAGAUUUUUUAUGUGGUAUCGAUCGAAGCAAGGGAGGUUCCGCGGAGAGCUGGACUAUGAGGAUGCGAAGAAGGAGUUUGCAAGCAGACGGAAGGGGCAUUUCGUAUACGACGAAAUAUCUAACCAAUGGGAUAUUUGUUCCUUGUUCGACAAGGAUGAAGUUCCUACACACGACGACACCGAAUUCGAACACCCUCUCCCAGAAGUUGACCCCACUCCGGUACCGCUGCUCAGGGAACCCCCCACGCUUCCAUCUGACCACAACGAGGUAGGACGGAGCAUUGUGCACAAAUCCGUCAUUGGGCAGGAUAUACUGUUGGGUACCUCGCUAGAAGAGGUUCUGUUUAGUCGCUACGGACUUAUCUGCCACACGCAGUCCGAAAUACAGUCCGCCAGCGACUUUUUGAACAUCCAAGAAUCCCAAAUCGUCGACACCUACACCGUUCGUAAAUACAUCAUGGAAGCCGGUCUUCGUUUGGACAAACCCAGUAAUGAGUUUGCCAUCCGUUAUUUCAUCUCCUCCCUCGUGCUCGAACUGGAACCACCUUCGGUGUUGUGGGAUCUCCAUCCUAACGAUGCUGGAGAACUCCUCACGCGCAACGAGUAUUUUAAGAUUGAGCGGGUAAAAGACAGCAUUAUUCCUGGCUACCUAAUGCUCCCCAUCAUCCCAAAAUACGCUCGAACUUGGAACCUAUUCGUCCACAAUGCCACAUCGGUUGUUCAGUGCAUCAGAGAAAAGUGGGGGCCAUCCUUAGAGGACGUCAUCCUCUGCUUAUUCGAACGCGGCAUCCCAUUUAAAGUCCUAUUCAAAGUCACAUACCCCCCCCUCCCCCGUCCAAUCACCGUCUUCGAAUCCAACCGGC